CUGGGCCUGCAAAGCUGGAUGGCACGCCAUGAGGCUGCUGAUCUUCCUGGGCCUGCUCUGGAGUGUGGUGGCCUCACCUUUGAGCUCAAAGUGGCCUGAGCCUGUAUUUGGGCGCUUGGCGUCCCCUGGUUUCCCAGGGCAGUAUGGCAACAAUCAGGAUCGGUCCUGGACACUGACUGCACCCCCCGGCUACCGCCUGCGCCUCUACUUCACCCACUUCAACCUGGAGCUCUCUUACCGCUGCGAGUAUGACUUUGUCAAGUUGAGCUCAGGGACCAAGGUACUAGCCACACUGUGUGGGCAGGAGAGCACAGAUACUGAGCAGGCACCUGGCAACGACACCUUCUACUCACUGGGUCCCAACCUGGAGGUCACCUUCCACUCCGACUACUCCAAUGAGAAGCCCUUCACAGGGUUUGAGGCGUUCUACGCAGCGGAGGAUGUGGAUGAAUGCCAAGUGAGCCUGGGAGACUCAGUCCCUUGUGACCAUUUUUGCCACAACUACCUGGGUGGCUACUACUGCUCUUGCCGAGUGGGCUAUGUUCUCCACCAGAACAAACGCACCUGCUCAGCCCAGUGUUCAGGACAGGUGUUCACUGAGAGGUCCGGGGAGCUCAGUAGCCCCGAGUUCCCACAGCCGUACCCCAAACUCUCCAGCUGUACCUACAGCAUCCGCCUGGAGGAAGGCUUCAGUGUCAUCCUGGACUUUGUGCAGUCCUUUGAUGUGGAGACGCACCCCGAAGCCCAGUGCCCCUACGACUCCCUCAAGAUUCAAACAGACAAGGGGGAAUAUGGUCCAUUUUGUGGGAAGACGCUGCCCCGUAGGAUCGAAACACACAGUAACAGCGUGACCAUCACCUUUGCCACUGAUGAGUCAGGGGACCACACAGGCUGGAAGAUUCGCUACAGGAGCACAGCACAGCCUUGCCCUGAUCCAAUGGCGCCACCUAAUGGACACAUUUUACCAGUGCAAGCCAAGUACGUCCUGAAGGACAGCUUUUCUGUCUUCUGUGAGACUGGCUUCGAACUUCUUCAAGGCUCUGUCCCCCUGGAAUCGUUCACUGCCGUCUGUCAGAAAGAUGGAUCUUGGGACCAGCAGAUACCACAGUGCAUCAUUAUCGACUGUGGCCCUCCAGAUGACCUACCCAACGGCCACACGGAAUAUGUCACAGGCCCUGAGGUGACUACCUACAAAGCUGCGAUUCAGUACAGCUGCGAAGAGACUUUCUACACAAUGCAUGGUGAUGGUAAAUAUGUGUGUGAGGCUGAUGGAUUCUGGACGAGCUCCAAGGGAGAAAAAUCCCUCCCAGUUUGUGAGCCUGUCUGUGGGCUGCGCACACACACUCUGAGAGGCCGGAUCAUCGGAGGGCAGCCUGCAAAGCUUGGUGACUUUCCUUGGCAAGUCUUGUUACUGGGUGAAACGACAGCAGCGGGUGCACUUGUACAUGACAACUGGAUCCUAACAGCUGCUCAUGUCGUAUAUGGGAAAACUGAGGCACAGUCCUCCCUGGACAUUCGCAUGGGCAUCCUUAAACGGCUCUCACCUAAUUACACUCAAGCCUGGCCUGAGGCUGUUUUCAUACAUGAAGGUUACACUCAUGGUGCCGGUUUUGACAACGAUAUAGCGCUGAUUAAACUCAAGAACAAAGUCACAAUCAAUAGAAACAUCAUGCCUGCCUGCCUGCCAAGUAAAGCUGCCGCAUCCUUAAUGAAGACAGGUGACACUGGAACUGUGGCUGGCUGGGGGCUAACCCAGAGGGGGUUUUCUGCUAGAAACCUAAUGUUUGUAGACAUACCAAUUGUUGACCAUCAAAAAUGUACCGCUGCAUAUGAAAAGCAUCCCCACUCAGGAGCAAGAGUAACUGCUAACAUGCUUUGUGCUGGCUUAGACGCUGGUGGCAAGGACAGCUGCAGGGGCGAUAGUGGAGGGGCACUAGUGUUUCUAGAUAAUGAAACACAGCAAUGGUUUGUGGGAGGAAUAGUUUCCUGGGGCUCCAUUAACUGUGGGGAGCCAGACCAAUAUGGGGUCUACACAAAAGUCAUAAACUACAUUCCCUGGAUCAAGAACAUAAUGAGUAACUUCUAACCUGCAUCCUCCAGUCAGCAAAUUUUUCCUUAUUUUUACAUGUACCUGGGAAACUUAGUUAUAACAGAACCUGAGAAGCCUUGACAGUCCACCCUAAAACCAAAGUAGAUUAAACUGAUACUUAAGAUCA